AUGGCUUCCAGCCCCGACUGCCCGCUGCGAGACCGCCCGAUAUCCGCGAACGACAUAGCUUCCAACUCCGACUCCGACUGCCCGCUGCAAAACCGUCUGACAUCGUCGAACGAUAUGGCAUCCAACUCCGACUGCCCACCGCAAGACUGUCUGACACCUGCGCACGACAUGGUGUCCAACUCCGACUACCCGUUGCAAGACCGCCUGAUAUCCGCGAACGACAUGACUUCCAGCUCCGACUGUCCGCUGCAAGAACGUCUGACAUCUGCGAGCGGCAUGUCAUCCAACUCCGCCUGCCUGCUUCUAGGGCUCCCUGCCGAGCUACGCAACCGCAUAUACGAGCUAGUCAUCGAGGAGGAAGCCCCCGAUGGACAUUGUGUAUGCUCCAAUGAAGGGCAGAGGUCACUCUGUCUACCGAGACAUAGGUAUCGACGACCUGCCAUACUAUCAGUCUGCCGUCAGAUCACUCACGAGGCCAAUGGUAUCUGGCUCGCGCAGCUCAAGCUAUACCUUGAUUUCAAGUCUGAAGCCUCAGAAUGGAUUCGCACUUUUACCUCGAAGGCUUUCGAGGCGACGGAUUCGGUCAUUCUCUUGGGAGACAUCAGAGUUCGUGCCGACGUUGAGGCAGCUGGAUUGCGGUGGGUUGGAAUUUGCAAACUCCUCAAGGCGCUAGGUAUUCGGCUCAAGGAUGGGGUACUCAAGAUGAGAAUACACUACAAGGGUCAGCAGGUGAUCACAGGUAAGCCAUACGAGGAGCUGAAAACCAUAUGGUCUGAUCUCGACGCGGUUUGAAGCAGCGGGGACUCAGUUCGGCAGCACAUUGACGGCUUUGCGAUGUCUUGGGGACGGAGAGCCUCACCAGAGUUCAUGGUCUGCUUGCAAACUCAGGCUGAGCAGUUGACCGACGGGAAGCGGCUCACAUGAGAUACACGAAAAUCAAUGGAAUCUCCUAGCGGCCAUGGGCUUCUGCACUUCAAUUGAAGUUUCUUUCCAACUCUCAGACCGCAUUCAUCCGCCUGGACUCACACUUAGACGAAGACCAAUCGCGACCCAGACAUGAUCAAAUCCACAUGACAUCAGACUCGGAAGAGCAUCCAAUUCAGCUGCUGGUGAGGCUUCGAAACUCGCACUAGAGAGACACAGCAUUCGCAGGAAGAGAUGAAGAAGACUGAGUUGAGGCUCACGUCUAAGACGCGGUGCCAGCCAUGAUGACCGACCAACUUGAAGGACGCCUUCGGAUAGGAUCGCAUGAUGUUGACAAAGCGGAGCGACGGAACAGUCCGGGACUCCAGGUUGCUUCUACGUGGGCGUAGCUGAAGUUUUCGCAGUGGCGCUCGUUGUGGGCGCUUUUGCAUCAUCGCGGCAUGCCUCCCUGUCGAAUUUUCUGUGGUGGCGAAGCACGCCUCUGCGCCUGCGAAACUGCCGUGAUAUAUCAGAACAUGGAAGGACGUUCAAGAGAAGACUGCCGUAGAUGAGGAGAGUCGGACUCCUCGGCUUUGACAUGAGCCGAAGUUCUCUGACGUCCGUAGGGCUGAAUGCAUGUGAAGAGGUUGUUCGGCUCUUCUCCCAUUGGCCGGCUUAGCGAGGCAAGGCUAACCACCUUCACGGCGCGGCAAGGUUGAAACAAGAUCCUUGAACGGCUUGACCAAUGCAACGAUGUACAGAUCCCGGUCCAACAGCAGUCAUGGCCACAUUAAUUGCUCCACCUGUGCCACUAGCGGAACGUCACCUCCUUUCAUCAAUCAUGAUUUUCCUCACACAUAAAUUCGUCCUUCCCCCGGGCCGCCUGUCCUCACGGUCUUCUUUGCGCGUGCUAUUGUCACUCCUUAUACAACUCAAGUCGCCUGGUGUGACUUAGCCAGUCUCUACAGAAUCGCACCGCCUCCAGGAGAGAAGACAAUCAACAAGACCGCUCUUUUGAGAUACCCGAGCCGCACAGCAACCGCAAGAAUCGAAACCAUGUUCAGUAACAUCAGAACCGCGGCUCUGGCCCUCCUGACCGUGAGCACUGCCUUCGCUCAGCCGCACGGCCAUCACCAUCACCAUGCUCGGAGAAGUUCGCUCGCCAAGCGUGGCGCGUAUGUUCCUGUAAGUGGCCCUUGACGUCACAUGAAGCCUUCCGAGAAAUCCCCAGAGCCCGCGGCUAAUCUAUCCACAGUGCACUCCCGCUGGCUGGACCUCCGGCAUGAACGCGCAGUUCGAGGGCAUGAUGACCCAGGAGAUGGCGGCCCUCCGGAACGAGAACCUGGGCGAGUCUGCAGCUCACACCGUCGAGAACGACUACAAGCAGGCCAACAUCAACAUCCCUGUCUCCUCUGCUUUCUCGCCGGAAGACCCGUGGGAGAUCAUGCUGAACUGCCCUCUCGCACAGAAAGCCAACGACCGACAGAGAGAGAACUACCCAAAGUAUGGCUCCAUGGACCUGACCGCAGAGGACAUUGCAGAUGUGUACGGCCCCGCCAUCGCAGCCGCCACCAAGGAGUCUGGCGUCCCCGGUGAUAUCCUGAGAGAUAUGAUCUGGACCGAGAGCAAAGGACAUCCUCUGACAAGCAACGGUGGCCUCGUCCAGAUCGAUCCAGUCGCCUGGGGCACCACUGUGCAGGCCAACAGCUGCUUGACUGGAGCCAACCGCUACACUCCAUGGUUCAACAUCAUGGCGGGCGCCCUCUACUUGAAGAGCCAGGGCUCGUGUAGCGAUGACGCCUGCUGGGAGACUCUGUACAAGAACCACUACCAGGACCCCACCGCGGCUUGCCGUGCGGCGGGAACAUGCUAG